CUUUCCUAAGGCAUCGAUCAGCAGCAGCCCAGGAGGCUGCACAGAGCCUGGCUCCCUGACAUUCCCCCAGGCCAAGAUGGGGCAGCAGUUCAGCUGGGAGGAGGCGGAGGCGGCUGGUGAGAUGGAUGUGGCUCAGCUUCAGGAGUGGUACAGGAAGUUCGUGGUGGAGUGCCCCAGCGGCUCCCUCUUCAUGCACGAGUUUAAGUGCUUCUUCAAGGUCACAGGCAACGAGGAGGCCACCGAGUUUGUAGAGGGCAUGUUCCGAGCCUUCGACAAGAAUGGGGACAACACCAUCGACUUCUUGGAGUAUGUGGCAGCCCUGAACCUCGUGCUGAGGGGCACCCUGGAGCACAAGCUCAAGUGGACCUUCAAGAUCUACGACAAGGACUGCAAUGGCCGCAUCGACCGCCGGGAGCUGCUCGACAUUGUGGAGGCGAUCUACAAGCUGAAGAAAGCCUGCAGGGUGGAGAUGGAGUGUGAGCGGCAGGGACAGAUGCUCACCCCCGAGGAGGUGGUGGACAGAAUCUUCCUUCUGUUGGAUGAGAAUGGAGACGGCCAGCUGUCUCUGAACGAGUUCAUGGAAGGUGCCCGUCGGGACAAGUGGGUGAUGAAGAUGCUGCAGAUGGACGUGAACCCCAGUGGCUGGAUCUCUCAGCAGAGGCGGAAAAGUGCCAUGUUCUGAGGAUUUGGGGGUCCUGGGAGCCCAGUAUGUGUCCACAGGCCCCUCCAGGAUUCCAGGCUCACCAGGUUUCCCAAAGAGCGAGAGGGUCCCUGGCUCAGCCUGCUUGCGCCCACUCUUAUCUGGCUCCCCUAUGAAAGGGACUGGGCUGAGGCGGGUGGCUAGGGGCUCUUGGCCUGAAGUGGCUGACAGGACACAGUCCGAGGGCAGGAUUUACCCGGGUGGCGAAGGGAACCGGCUUCCUCUCUCCUUUCAGCUGCUUCUGGGGAAAGUAUGCUUCCGCUGGGUGGUUGUGGGGCGUUCACAAUUUCCUACCUGGUUCCUACCUGGAAGCAGGGGAAUACUGAGGGAUGGGGUCCCCUAGACUGCCCCCACAGUGGGAAGCCGGGGACUGGAAGGGGUCGCAUCUGAAGAAAAAAUAGGACUUGGGGCGUGAGUCCUGGAUCCUGAGGAGUUCACGGGGAGGUCUCUCGCCUCCCCCUCCCAACUUGUCUUCACCAGGGGUGUCCGCAAGGGAAAAUUGCAGCCAGUAAGGCGCUGGUCUCCCGGCCCUCUGUCC